CUCUAUUCAUUUUCUCACUCUCUCAAACUUUCGCACCCAGAAGAUGAAGUCUUCUACUGUCCAAACACCUCAAAAAGCUACCAUCCGUCGAUCGAAGGAGAAAUCCCACAAGAUCAUCGCAAAAUCCCUAAAUCCAGCUUUCUUAGCUGCAUCUGAAGCCGAUCCGAUCGAUUCUUCGUUCAUCUCAGCAAUCACAGAAGGAAAUCAAGAAGCUGAUCUCUCUAAAGUAUGUUUCAGAUCCCAAUUCUCCGAAAUCUGUGUUAAAAUCCAUGCAAUCUCUCACGUUUGUAUGUCCCGUCUGCAAAGCGGUCCAAAACCCUCGUUUUCAUCUCCGUCGGACGCAUUUGACCCCACCGAUGCAUUAGAAUCCUUCUCUACACCGUCGAUUACUGAUGGGAAUCAAGGAUCUGGCGGAUCAGAGGUUUUCAAGACGGAGAAUGUGUACAUUCAGGUGGCCGUCGAUUUACUGCUCGCCGCUCGUUUCCAGGUCCUGAAUUCUCCCAAUGUUGAUCUCCAAUGGAAGAAGCUUCUGGAUUUCCUGAUCAAGAGCACAAUCGAGCUGUUGGAUUGGCUACCAGAAGAGCAGGACAGGUUUUACGGGCUUCUCCAAGAGAAGGUAUGGAUCGGAUUACUCCGUGUUUUCAUGUGGAUCAUUUCGGUGUCAGUCAUCAUGGAUCGAGAUGCCCGAACUGGGACGGGAUUUCCUGGCAUGCAGCCUUCUACAUGACAGUUUCUAGGGAUGGCACGUGCGUUGCAUGUGAGACGAAGGCCGAAAUGAGAUGACAAAGCGGUAAAAAAAAAAAAAAACAAAAAAAAAACAGACAAUUGAUACACAUUACCUCUCCUUUUUUUUUAAAGCUCGAAAUUCAAGGUACUGAAAUUGGACGGAUCUAGUGGAUGAACUUACUUGUUCAGGCAAGUAUCUAUUUUCUCUUAUACCUUAUGAAAACCUCAGAGAAUUAAAUGAUUGUAAUUAUAUGGAGAUUGAUUGAAACUGAAACUCCUGUUCUUAAUUAUGUUGUAGGCAAACUAUGAGAUUACUAGUGCAAGAAACUAGGUGAUCGUUGUCAAACAAAUAUGAGUUUUCCACUUGCUAUCCUAAACAUGACCCCUAAUAAUGGAAUCCAUGCCUCAACAUGGAAAAAAU